AUGACAGCGGAGCGGCUCGCGUCACGUGCCGGGAGAGCGCGCGCUGCUCCGCCCCCAGCCCCCUCCAAACCCUCACAACCCCACUCCGAGCUCCCUGGGGGUGGGGGCAGCGCCGGAACAGGGGGAGGAGCGCCCGGAGCUCCGGCACCGCCCCCCGAGUUGACGCCGAGACCCCGAGACACCGAGACACCCGUGCGCUUCCCCCGCCCCACCCCCGUGCGCCUCCCGUGCGCCUCCCGUUCGCCGCGGCAGCCGCCGCGACUCGCUCCGGGCGGAAAGGCCGGCCCGAAGCUUGCGAGCGAAGCCGCUCGCCACUCGAACGCGAGUACACGCUCUGCUGCAGAAACACAGAAACGCUUUUAUCCUGUUCGAGGAAGCCUCUUACGGACGACAGCUCUCAUUCCCGGGCUAACGUGCCCCCUGGGUGCGCGCAGGGAUGCUCGGCUGCCGUCCCGGGGUGGGGCGGGGGUCAGGGCCGUGCUGGGCGGGCGGGCAGGUGGCGGCGGGGCGGGCCGAGCGCGGCACCGCCCCUGGGCCCCAUUGGCGCCGGCGGCGGGGGGCGCUCCGCACCGCCCCCCGCACACAAGUGCAGUGCCCGGCGGCGGCGGGGGCUGCGCGGCGGGGCCAUGCAGAGCUGCGGGCGCUUCUGGGGGCGGCUGGCGGCCCGCGGGGCCACGGGGCACCUGCGGGCGGCGGCGGCGGGGGCAGCGGCGCUGGGGCGGCGGCGAGGCGGCGCGGUGCAUCGAGCAGCUCCUGCCGCGGCACGAUGACUUCUCCCGGCGGCACAUCGGGCCGCGGGAGCAGGAGAAGCGAGAGAUGCUGCGGACCGUCGGGGUGCAGAGCGUCGAGGAGCUGAUGGACAAAACCAUUCCGGCCAGCAUCCGGCUCCGGAGGCCGCUGAGGAUGGAUGACCAUGUCUGUGAAAAUGAAGUCCUUGAAACUCUAUACAAUAUUGCAAGCAAGAACAAGAUAUGGCGGUCUUACAUAGGCAUGGGUUAUUACAACUGCUCAGUGCCUCAGCCCAUUGCACGGAAUUUGUUGGAGAAUGCAGGAUGGGUUACCCAGUAUACUCCUUACCAACCUGAGGUAUCCCAGGGCAGGCUGGAAAGCCUGCUAAAUUACCAGACUAUGGUGUGUGAUAUCACAGGAAUGGAUGUGGCUAAUGCAUCUUUGCUGGAUGAGGGGACAGCUGCUGCAGAAGCUAUGCAGUUAUGUCACAGACACAACAAAAGAAGGAAGUUCUAUGUAGAUGCCCGAUGCCACCCUCAAACUAUAGCAGUGGUUCAAACCAGAGCAAAUUAUACAGGUGUUAUUACUGAGCUCAAAUUACCCCACGAGAUGGAUUUCAGUGGGAAGGAUGUCAGUGGAGUGUUAUUUCAGUAUCCGGAUACUGAAGGGAAGAUUGAAGACUUCUCUGAACUUGUUGAAAGAGCUCAUCAAAAUGGGACUCUCACCUGCUGUGCUACUGACCUUCUGGCUCUCUGUAUUCUGAAGCCUCCUGGAGAGUUUGGGGUGGACGUUGUCCUGGGUAACUCCCAGAGGUUUGGUGUGCCACUGUGCUAUGGGGGACCCCACGCGGCAUUUUUUGCUGUCAAGGAGAAUCUAGUGAGAAUGAUGCCAGGCAGGAUGGUGGGUGUUACAAGAGAUGCAAGUGGAAAGGAAGUGUACCGACUUGCUUUGCAAACACGUGAGCAGCAUAUCAGGAGGGAUAAAGCUACCAGCAACAUCUGCACAGCACAGGCUCUUCUGGCCAAUAUGUCAGCCAUGUUCGGUAUAUACCAUGGGUCUGAUGGAUUAAGGCAUAUUGCACAACGGGUACACAAUGCUACUCUAAUCUUGGCGGAAGGUCUCAGACGAGCUGGUCAUAAACUACAUCAUGAUAUGUUCUUUGAUACCUUGACAAUCACAUGUGGAUGCUCUGUCAAAGAAGUUUUGGACAGGGCAGCUCUUAGAAAGAUAAAUUUUCGAAUUUAUAGUGAUGGCAGACUUGGAGUAUCACUUGAUGAAACUGUAAAUGAGAAAGACCUAGAUGACAUAUUAUGGAUUUUUGGUUGUGAGUCUUCUUCUGAGCUGAUUGCUGAGGGUAUGGGCGAGGAAACCAAAGGCAUCCUCAGUACCUCAUUUAAGAGAACUUCCAAAUUUUUGACACACCACGUUUUCAACAGCUAUCACUCUGAGACAAAUAUCGUGCGGUACAUGAAAAGAUUAGAAAACAAAGAUAUUUCCCUUGUUCACAGCAUGAUUCCUUUGGGGUCCUGCACAAUGAAGCUCAAUAGUUCAGCUGAACUUGCACCUAUUUCAUGGAGAGAGUUUGCCAACAUCCACCCUUUUGUGCCCCUGGAUCAAGCUCAAGGGUAUCAGCAGCUUUUUAAGGAUUUAGAGAAAGACCUGUGUGAGAUUACUGGCUAUGACAAAAUCUCCUUCCAACCAAAUAGUGGAGCCCAAGGAGAGUAUGCAGGCUUGGCUGCAAUCAAGGCUUAUUUAAAUGCCAAAGGAGAACGUCAUAGAACUGUGUGCCUUAUACCUAAAUCUGCUCAUGGUACAAAUCCAGCAAGUGCACAAAUGGCAGGGAUGAAGAUUCAGCCAAUUGAAGUGGAUAAAAAUGGGAGCAUUGAUAUCUCCCAUUUAAAAGCAAUGGUGGACAAGCACAAAGAGAACUUGGCAGCCAUCAUGAUCACAUACCCUUCUACCAAUGGUGUGUUUGAAGAGGAGAUUGGAGACGUGUGUGACCUCAUUCACAAACACGGAGGACAAGUUUACUUAGAUGGAGCAAAUAUGAAUGCUCAGGUGGGUCUGUGUCGUCCUGGAGACUACGGCUCUGAUGUCUCUCACUUAAAUCUUCACAAAACCUUUUGCAUUCCCCAUGGAGGAGGAGGGCCUGGAAUGGGACCAAUUGGAGUGAAGAAACAUUUGGCUCCCUACUUGCCUACCCACCCUGUCAUCAAAAUACAGCCGGAUAAGGAUGCAUGUUCUUUGGGUACUGUCAGUGCUGCACCUUGGGGUUCCAGUGCUAUAUUGCCAAUUUCCUGGGUGUAUAUCAAGACAAUGGGAGCAAAGGGUCUGAAGCAUGCUUCUGAGAUUGCUAUACUGAAUGCAAACUACAUGGCAAAGAGACUAGAGAAGCACUACAAAAUCCUUUUCAAAGGAGCAAAAGGUUAUGUAGCCCAUGAAUUCAUUUUGGAUACAAGACCUUUCAAAAAAACAGCAAACAUUGAAGCUGUAGAUCUUGCUAAGAGGCUUCAGGAUUAUGGUUUUCAUGCUCCAACCAUGUCCUGGCCAGUGGCAGGGACACUUAUGAUUGAACCAACAGAGUCUGAAGACAAAGGAGAACUGGACAGAUUUUGUGAUGCAAUGAUCAGUAUUCGGCAAGAAAUUGCUGAAAUAGAGGCAGGCAGGAUGGACCCCCAAAUUAACCCACUAAAGAUGUCACCACAUACUCUGAACUGUGUCACUUCUUCCAAGUGGGAUCGUCCCUAUUCCAGAGAAGUGGCAGCAUUCCCACUGCCAUUUGUGAAGCCUGAAAGCAAGUUUUGGCCCACAAUUGCUCGCAUUGAUGAUAUAUAUGGGGAUCAACAUCUGGUUUGUACCUGCCCACCCAUGGAAGCCUAUGAAUCUCCAUUUUCUGAACAGAAGAGAGCAUCUUCUUAAGACUGAUUCCAGCUGCCUACAUUUCUGACUCCAUCAGGAUGGCCUUUUCCUGAUUUCCUGGGGAUAUGUAUACUGUGUAUAUUUUGGAUAAUCACCACGUUUGUUAAUUGAAUCACUGCACAGUUAAAAUGUAAAUACAAUCAGUAUGUUAGGUGUGAACAAAAUGUGACUGUUUCUCAGUAGUUGAUGUUGAAGUUACCUUGAUUCAGCCUUUUGUCUGUUUAGUACUAAAGUUUUGACAAUUAACACCCAAUUUGCAAAGUGGUAUGGAAGAUAUGGUUAAAAAGUAGAAAAGACAGAUGCAGAUACAUAAGGCAAUACUAAUGAACAUUAACUGCAGGAGUAAUUGUUUACAUUUUUUUUAAAAAAAUGAUGAAGUAGGUUUUUAAUUUACUUCACGUAUUACUACUAGCAUUGCAAGGGUUAAUAUUUCAUACUGAUUUUUUUAUCUAUCAGUAUUAGUAGUCUAAUAAAACUGGUAAGAAUUUUAA